AUGGACCCUGGCACUGCCGUUGGUGUUAUUUCGCUGGGUAUUCAGGUAUGCGAGGGUAUACUCAAAUAUUACCGCGAUUGGAAGGGAUAUGAGGACGAUAUUCAAGGAACAUACACUGAAAUUGAUCAUCUCGCCAAAACCUUUGCGCUUCUGUAUGACGAACUGCAGAUGGUAUCACAAAAGGCUCUCGCCAUCCGCGCACAAGAAUGCCUCGCGACGUGUCAAGACGGUAUUCAGCAGUUAGAGAAGAAACUGAAGAAGUUACACAAAGAUGCGCCGGCUGGACUACGACAGCGAGCUGAAGUCGGUGCUCUCCGCUUGAUGUACCCUUUUCGGAAAAGUACAUUGGAAAAGCUCAAGGAAAUCGCUCAGGGCUUGAUGCAACAACUGAACUUCGCACUCCAGAUCAUCUAUCUGAGCAACAGUCAUUCUGCUCAACUCAAAGCGGAUCAAAUCCAAAGUACCCUCGACACUACUGAGGAAUUCGUCAAACGAAUCAAAGCUACCACAUUAAUCACACAGACCCAAGUGUCUGCCACCGCAGCAAGCGUGCAGGCCCUGCUCUCCGUGGAGCAAUCCAGGGAGGUUUUGGAGAUUCUCAAGUGGCUCGAUGCACCAGAUCCAACGACUAACCACACUCAAGCACGUGUAAGAUACGAAACUGGAACCGGAGAAUGGCUACUCAACAGCCAGGGAUAUCAAGAUUGGAUUUCUGGCUCAUCGCCCUUACUUUGGCUGCAUGGAAAAGCUGGAUGUUGCAAAACGAUACUGUGCUCCACGGUCAUCGAACAAGUGUUCGGCCGAGUCUCUGGCCAAGACAACGUUGCUUUCGCCUACUUUUACUUCUCUUUCUCUGAUGCACAGAAGCAGAAUUACACGAGCGUGUUACUCUCUAUGGUCGCUCAAUUAAGUCGAAAACGCAGCGUUCAUCCACUUCUCAGGGCUGCUUACUCCCAGGCUCCGUCUCAAAAGCCUUCAUCCGAAGUUCUUGAGCACAUAUUCCUAGCUUUGCUUGAAGAAUCUAGGACAUCCUAUCUUGUGGUUGACGCCCUCGACGAAUGCUCAGAAGAACAACGAGAGAAGAUCCUAGAAGGAUUUAGACGUAUCACACAAUCUCUUCCGGAAAUUAGACUUCCCAUCACCAGCCGUAAGGAAGCAGAUAUCGAAGAUCUCUUAUCGUCUUGGCCUGUGACUCGGUUUACAAUUGACGAAGAGAGUGUCAAUCAGGAUAUUGAUCUCUAUGUGAAGAACGCGUUGGCCACAGACAGGAAGCUAGUAAAACUUCCGAGCGCAACAAAAAAAGAGAUCGAAGAUGAGUUCCGCAAGAAGUCAGACGGAAUGGGAGUCUCCUGCCGCAAAAUGAUGAUGCGAAAAUGUCCAGAUUCUGACCUCGAGCACAGGUUUCGAUGGGCCGCACUCCAGCUCGACAACAUUCGCAAUUUGAAGAUUUUGCGACCAAAAUAUAUCUCGCUGGCAUUGUAUGAGAUGCCACGGACCUUGGAUGAGACAUAUGCACGUAUCUUGUCCUCCAUCGACAAUCUCUACUUUGAUGAAGCUCGGGCAGCUUUAGAAUGGCUUGCGUUUAGUUUGAGGCCGCUUUCCGUUGCCGAGUUAGCAGAGGCAUGUAGUAUCCGGGUUGACAAUUUCCAGGAGCCCAUUUUCGAGGAAGGCGGAUACGAAGCCCUUGUUGGUCUCUUUAGUGUCUUAUCUUCACUUAUUGUUAGUGGAGACCAGUCCGACUACGAUUCAGACUACGGGCGAUACCGUGUCUUCACGAACAAUCCUUUAGGAGAUCCUUUACCAAAGAAGUACGACACGACGUGUUAUAAUCAAACAGUUCGCCUUGCCCACUUCUCUGUCAAAGAGUAUUUGGUCUCCAACCGCUUACAAAUCAACAAAGUAGGCGUAUAUCAGCACACCGCCCUUAAAGCUGCAACGUUUCGUGGAAACGAAAAGGUUGUAGAGAUUCUCGUUGCGUCUGGUGCAGACGUAAACUAUAAAGGGGGAACUUUCGGCACAGCCUUGCAAACUGCUGCCUUUGAAGGAAACGCAACAAUAGUGAACAUACUCAUCACCAAUGGGGCUGAUGUAAAUUGCGAGGCGGGUCACUUUGGUACAGCUUUACAAGCUGCUGCGUAUCGAGGACAUGAAAUCAUAGUCGAUAUGCUCAUCGCAAACGGUGCCGAUGUAAAAUACCAUGAGAAUCGUACUCGCUUUACAGCACUCAUUGUGGCGGCGAGCAAAGGCUACGGUGGUAUCGUAUCGAAGCUGGUUAAAGCGGAUGUGGAUAACCGCACGCUUAAUGUCAAGGGCGAACAUGGUACCGCUCUAGACCAAGCUGCAGGUAAGGGCCAUGAGCAAAUUGUGGAAGAACUUCUCCUAGCGGGCGCGGAUCAUGGAGACACGAUGGAGAUAGCAAUGCGGGAAGGUCAAGAGGGGAUCGUGAGAAUCCUCAUCAAGUACGGAGCCGCUUACGAGCCAGCGGGCGAAGUGUGA